UAAUUGUGCUACAUUUAAAACAAUUAAACAUUGUUUAAUAUUGGUUUAUUAUGUACCAUUUCAACUGAAACCGUUGAAUAUGACUUUAUUGUUAUUGUUUCAAAUAUACACAAUAGGAAUUUUAAUGAAUAUUAUAUUCGUUACGACAGUGAUGUAUUGUUAUUCGUUGCAAUUAUUGAUUAUACGUAUUGAACACCUUAAUGAGAAGAUUGAUGGCAUAACAUUAACCAGAAACAAGGAAAGAAAUUUUAGAAUGCUCCGGCCUAUUAUCAUGUAUCAUCAAGAUAUAUUCAGGAUGUUUCAAUUCAGUAAUGAUGUCUACACCAACUUAAUUGUGCCUCAAAAACUGUUUGCUUUAUGUAUUUUAACUCUGUCUACUACAUCUUUUUUUAUGGGAAAAGAUAUAGCAAGUUUAACCACGGCAAUAGCAAGUUGGUUUGGAUUAUUUUUAAGUCAUACAAUGGGACAAAAACUUACAACGGUGGGUGACAGUGUUGCGAAUGCUGUGUAUAAUUUGAACUGGUGUGAUGCAGAUGUGGUGACACGGAAACAAGUGUUGACUUUACUUUAUUUGAGCCAACAUCCAUUCACCAUACGAGUCCCCUUAUUUGGUGAAAUGUCCCAUGCUGCAGCAGUACAAGAAUUAAAGAAGGUCUAUCUUUUCAUUAAUUCAUUACUAGCAAUAAAGAAAAAUAAUAAUUUUUGAAUUUUAU